CCUGGCGUUGGCCAACAACAGCACCCUGACAAUCGGCACCAUUGACGAGAUCCAGAAGCUGCACAUCCGCACGGUUCCCCUCUACGAGUCGCCCAGGAAGAUCUGCUACCAAGAGGUGUCCCAGUGUUUCGGCGUCCUCUCCAGUCGGAUCGAGGUGCAGGAUGCCAGCGGGGGAACCACCGCCCUCAGACCCAGCGCCAGCACCCAGGCCUUGUCCAGCAGCGUGAGCACCAGCAAGCUCUUCUCCAGCAGCACGGCGCCGCACGAGACCUCCUUCGGGGAGGAGGUGGAGGUGCACAACCUGCUCAUCAUAGACCAGCACACCUUCGAAGUGCUCCACGCUCACCAGUUUCUGCAGAACGAGUACGCCCUCAGCCUGGUCUCCUGCAAGCUUGGCAAGGAUCCCAACACCUACUUCAUCGUGGGCACCGCCAUGGUGUAUCCCGAGGAGGCCGAGCCCAAACAGGGUCGCAUCGUCGUCUUCCACUACUCCGACGGGAAGCUGCAGAGCCUGGCUGAGAAGGAGGUCAAGGGGGCUGUGUAUUCCAUGGUGGAAUUCAACGGGAAGCUGUUAGCCAGCAUCAACAGCACGGUCCGCCUGUACGAGUGGACGGCGGAGAAGGAGCUGCGCACGGAGUGCAACCACUACAACAACAUCAUGGCGCUCUACCUGAAAACCAAGGGAGACUUCAUCCUGGUGGGAGAUCUCAUGCGCUCCGUCCUCCUCCUCGCCUACAAGCCCAUGGAAGGGAACUUCGAGGAGAUCGCCCGGGACUUCAAUCCCAACUGGAUGAGCGCCGUGGAGAUCCUGGACGACGACAAUUUCUUGGGAGCGGAGAACGCUUUCAAUUUGUUCGUGUGCCAGAAGGACAGCGCCGCCACGACCGACGAGGAACGGCAGCACUUGCAGGAAGUGGGAUUAUCCCACCUCGGGGAGUUCGUCAACGUUUUCUGCCACGGAUCCCUGGUCAUGCAGAACCUGGGAGAGACCUCCACGCCCACGCAGGGCUCCGUUCUCUUCGGCACCGUCAACGGCAUGAUCGGACUGGUGACCUCGCUGUCGGAGAGCUGGUACAACCUCCUCCUGGACAUGCAGAACCGGCUGAAUAAAGUCAUCAAGAGCGUGGGCAAGAUCGAGCAUUCCUUCUGGAGAUCCUUUCACACGGAACGCAAAACGGAGCCGGCUACGGGCUUCAUUGACGGUGACCUGAUCGAAAGCUUCCUGGACAUCAGCAGGCCCAAGAUGCAGGAGGUGGUGGCAAACUUGCAG